UGAUUAUAUAUCUGCAGUACGCAAGAAAAGAUCAUGAGAAAAAUUCAAAUGGUUUCGAAGCGAGGCGACUCGUCCUCAUCAGACAACUCUACGAAUUCAGCGUUUACUGUGAGGAGGGUGAGAUAUAAAGAGUGCCAGAAGAAUCAUGCUGCAAAUAUUGGCGGACAUGCUGUUGAUGGGUGCCGAGAGUUCAUGCCAAGUGGUGAAGAAGGAACAAACACCGCCUUUAUUUGUGCUGCCUGUGGCUGUCACCGCAAUUUCCACAGAAGGGAAGUUGUUACUGAAGUUGCCUCUGAUUCUUCUUCUCCUUCUUCCUAUACUACAUAGAGUGAGCUUUGCUACUAUCUUUUUGGGAUUGAAU